CAGGGAGGGGGUCACCGCAGCCCCCAACGGGCAUUGGAAGGGCAGGUGGAGCCAGUGGCAUUGAUUGCAGUAACCUGAUCCCGAGGGGGAGGUGGCGACAUCAGCAGCGGCAGCGGCACAGUGGCAGCAGCGAGGAAGCGCCCUGCAGCUGAGGGCUGGGCGGCAGCGCUGGGGCCAGCGUGGUGGGCAGCUGCUGCCUCUUCUCCCGGCCCAUCCAUUUUUAAUGAGCUCCCCAGGAAUCUGCAUCGGGCAGGACGCAGACAGGCUGGCCCAGGCAGUGGAGGCUGGAGGCCACAGCCCUGCCUCGCUUGAGCCCUGGCCCCCCACCCCAUUGGGCAUGAGAGGCCAGCCCUGGGGCCCCGCAGCCCCCAGGCCGGGCCGGGCGCUCCAUGCAGCUGGCACUGAAGAUGGAUUCGAGCCCAGACAAUGACAGCUGGUUGGAGGACCGGUGGGAGCGCUGGCUCACCCAUGACAUCAGCUUGGAAGAGUUUGAGGAUGAAGACCUCUCAGAGAUCACCGAUGAGUGUGGCAUCAGCCUGCAGUGCAAAGACACCCUGUCCCUGCGGGUAAGCACUGGCUCCUGGGAGUCGCCGUGUGGGGUGGCAGGAUGGGUAGGGACGGGAGUGAGGGUGUCCCCAUCAUUAUUUCUGCUGCUACCUUGGCCCCUCGGCUUUGUCCCUCCCUCCCCGAAGAUCCGAAUGCUUCCAGGAGGCCCUCAGCAGCUGGGGAGCCCAGUACAUUCUCUGAGGGCCAGCCAGCUGCCCCGAGCCAGGAGGGAGGCUGUGACCUGCCACCCGUGCACCUGCUCUGGGAGGUUGGGAGUGAGGCCUUGGCGAGCAGAAGCCGGGUGGGUGAGGCCCAGGCCUCGGGAUGUCCCGAUGGGGGCAGGGCCAGGGCCUCCCUGUGCCGGGCACUGCUGGCCGCAUCUUCACAAGGGCCUUUUGUCCCCUGCACAGGACACGCUGAAUAAUAAUUCUCUUGGCAAAAAGCACAGUUGGCAGGAUCGGGUGUCUCGAUCAUCCUCACCCCUCAAGACAGGGGAGCAGACACCACCCCAUGAGCACAUCUGCCUGAGCGAUGAGCUGCCACCCCAGGGCAGCCCCCUGCCCACCAAGGACUGCGGCACCUCCACCGACAGCCCUUGUCGCCGCAGCGCUGCCACCCAGAUGGCACCUCUGGGAGGGCCCCCUACCGCCACGCCUGGUGGUCUGGGCCACUCCCAUCGGGACCGAAUCCACUACCAGGCCGAUGUGCGGCUGGAGGCCACGGAGGAGAUCUACCUGACGCCCGUGCAGCGACCCCCAGACACCGCGGAACCCCUGCGGCCCUGCUUCGGAGACUACAGCGACGAGAGCGACUCGGCCACCGUCUACGACAACUGCGCAUCCGCCUCGUCACCCUACGAGUCGGCCAUCGGGGAGGAGUACGAGGAGGCACCCCGGCCCCGGCCCCCCACCGGCCUCUCGGAGGACUCCACGCCCGACGAGCCCGGCGUCCACUUCUCCAAGAAGUUCCUGAAUGUCUUCAUGAGUGGCCGCUCGCGCUCCUCCAGUGCCGAGUCCUUCGGGCUGUUCUCCUGUGUCAUCAACGGCGAGGAACAGGAGCAAACCCACCGGGCCAUCUUCAGGUUUGUGCCUCGACAUGAAGAUGAACUCGAGCUAGAGGUGGACGACCCCCUCCUGGUGGAGCUGCAGGCCGAGGACUAUUGGUACGAGGCCUACAACAUGCGCACUGGUGCCCGUGGGGUCUUUCCUGCCUACUAUGCCAUCGAGGUCACCAAGGAGCCUGAGCACAUGGCAGCCCUGGCCAAAAACACUGACUGGGUGGAUCAGUUCCGGGUGAAGUUCCUGGGCUCGGUCCAGGUUCCCUAUCACAAGGGCAACGACGUCCUCUGUGCUGCUAUGCAAAAGAUUGCCACCACCCGCCGGCUCACGGUCCGCUUUAACCCACCCUCCAGCUGUGUCCUGGAGAUCAGCGUGAGGGGCGUGAAGAUAGGCGUCAAGGCCGACGAUGCCCAGGAGGCCAAGGGGAAUAAAUGUAGCCACUUUUUCCAGCUAAAAAACAUCUCUUUCUGUGGAUACCAUCCAAAGAACAACAAGUACUUUGGGUUCAUCACCAAGCACCCUGCCGACCACCGGUUUGCCUGCCACGUCUUUGUGUCUGAAGACUCCACCAAAGCCCUGGCAGAAUCCGUGGGGCGCGCAUUCCAGCAGUUCUACAAGCAGUUUGUGGAGUACACCUGCCCCACAGAAGACAUCUACCUGGAGUAGCGGCCACCUCUGCACCUCAGGCCACACAGGGCAGUGGACUGUGGACAGGACAGCACUGCUCGGCAGGGACACCACCACCGCUGGAGGAUGGAAGUGGGAGCCGCUGGUACAGGGUGGGGGGCAGGGGGAUGGUGUAAGAAAGCUGUAACAUAUGGAUCACAGAGGGGCUGCCCGGGGAGGGGCGGGGCAAGGCGGGGGCUGUCCCUCUGGCUGCAGAGGGUGUCCAUCCUGGGGACACAGGCCCCGCCCCGUCCUGGGCCUUACUUCCCCUGCCCAGGCCCUGGCUCCUGCCUUGACAAAGCCCAUGUCACCUGCAAGUGCCCACUGUCCCCUGGCCCAGCCCAUACCAAGAGCCCUGAGCUCAGGCCGAGCCUGGCCACCUCCCAAGAACUUUCCAGGAAGGAAAUGGCAGCGGGCAGCGGUGAAGUCGCUGCUUUCUGCUCUCACCAUGGCUCCCACCUGCCACCCUGGCCCACUGGCCCCAGCAGGGAGAGGCUGCCUCUGACUGGCCCAGGCCAACCCCACCAUGGUCUUGUCACCCUGGCCACGACUAUUAAAGUGCCAUCUCCUGUCUGGAGCACAG